UGCAUAAAAUCUCGCGCAUUUCGUUCUCGAAAAUUCGCUCGGUGCAAAAUUAUAAUAAAAAAAAAAGUAGAAAAUGGCCGCUAAAAUACAAUGUAGAGCGAACGAUGCCGAUAAACACGAGUACGACAUUAACAGCGUCAUUUUCCACAAAGGGAAAUUGUACAGCGCCGCUGACGAUGGCAAAAUCAUGCAAUGGACGCAGGAUUUGAAGAAAGUGUGCGAGGUCCAGUCGAAUCCUUGCUCGGUAUUUUGCCUGGCAGCUAACGAUACGUCGCUCUAUUCCUGCUCUAACGAGGGCACCGUUAAAUCCUUCGAAUUGGACACGUUGAAGCUCAAAAACGUUUUGCUCCAAGACAAUCAAACGGAAUUUUGGAGAUUGUGCUGCGACGGCGAUCGCUUGUACGUCGGAGACCAUCAAGGAACCAUAAAAGUGUUCAAGAAGGAGCAAUUGUAUGGAAAUUUGAACAUUUCGGAGCCCGUCAAGGACAUGCAAAUGCACGGAAACCUGAUGUUCACGGCCAACAUGGAUAUCAUCGUGACCGAUUUGAAAUUGGGAAGCGACAAGCUGCAAUUCGGCACGAAGUGCACCUUCGCCGGUCGCGCCCCCAUCGCGUUAAUCGGCGACGAAUUCGUAGCGUUCGGCAGCACCGACGCCACGGGCGUCGCGGUGCACGAAAACAACGACGCGUCGCACUUCAAAGCCGUCUCGAAAACGCCGGGGGCGCACGACAGGAUCAUCAACGCAUUGGCGGGUUGGGGCCGGCAGGACGGGCACGUCCUGUUCAGCGGUGGUUGGGAUAAAACGCUCAAAGCGUGGAGGAUAGAGCCCGACAGGCUCGCGCCGAUCGUUUCCUGCGAGGUCGGUUUCGUCAUCAAUGCGAUCGCAGUGGGCGAGGGGCGGCACGUGUACGUCGGAGGCGGCGAUGGAAAUUUAGCGAAAAUUCUGCUCGAAUAAUUGAAUGGGUUUUAAAACGCGAUUAGAUUGUGAGUAGACGAUCGGGAUUUGUGUAUCGUUAGCAGGAAAUAAAAAUAAAAAAUACAUGUACUUAGAGUUGG